AUGGAUGCUGCCGAAUACGAUACCAAUACCCUUCUUGUCGUGAGUCUAACGGACCUCGCAGGGCCUCGAAUGACCCUGUCACGCCGCGCCGACUGUGCUAACGUAUAUGACCCAUGUCUCCAGAGCAAUAUUGCAUCAGUCGUCUUUCGUAUUUACGAGUCUCCUUCCGACCUUGGGCAAAAUUUUGUCCCAGCCGCGCUAGAGAUCGAGAGCUCGCUGCGAACCAGUGGCCAUGUUGUGUUCUAUGACCCUGCCCGCCGCGGCAUCUGGCACUUUCAGAUCGUCGGCAAGGAGGGGCACGAUCAUAUCACGAGCGAAAGACUCGACUCUUCCCUCGACCUCUGUGGAUACAAGCUCGUUCUCGCCGAGGAGGGUACCCUGGAACCGGCGAGUCUGCCGAGGGCUCGCACUCAACCUCAGCAGCAAGCGGCCACCUCAACACCGACCAGUUCCAUAUCCAGCGCGUCCGCUCUCGAUCAGUCUCAGCGCAAUACGCAAACGUCGCCUCAAUCCGCUCUCGGCUCGAACUCGCAAGAAGAAGCAAAAGCUGACGACCAAGUCGGAGCGGAUUCGAAGUUGGCAUCUAUCUUGACGACAUACGAGAAUUUCAUCACCGCCCUCCUUUUGUCCAUCUCAUCCACGUUUUGCAGCUUUUCCGGAGCGACUCCUCUCAAUUACCGAACAGUUCUACUUCCACCCAGGCCAUUGGGGAGACCUCUUGGUCCAGACGACGACCAAGAUGCCGGCUCGGAACAGGUACCCGUUCUCGCGACCCUAGGGGCAUACCUGACAACCACCGGAGCACUCGUUGUCAGCUUUGGCCUCUCCCAAUGUACUGGCCUUGGCCUUUUCACCGGCUCAAGUACGCCUCUGCUCGGCACGUCCAUUCUCGCUGCUCCCUUUGGAGUUGUCGCUAAGAAUCAGUCACCGGCGACCGGCGAGGCUGGGACGGCAAGCCUAGCCCAAACACCCAAUACGCAGGCCCUGAGCCAUCAUGGAAGAACGGACCUCCAUGAUUCCUUAUGGAAACAGGCCUGUUUGAAGAUGCUGAAGUUGCGUGGCGUUGCUACCAACACUCUCUCAGACUGUUCUUGGGUGAACCUGGUCGUAUCGAAGCCAAAGCUGCAAGGCGGCCAGGUAGAUUCCAAGAGGGCCAGGUCCGUGGGCUCCAUGCUCACAAUUCCUUGGCCGAAGCCGCUCUGCUUUCGUAAGAAGGCCGUCGAAGUAUGCGCGACAAGCCGAGUCGGAGAGACGCUCCUCAGUGGUCACGAAGAAUGCCAUGACCCGUUGGCCAACGCAAAACUUUGGUUCAGCUCUGCUGCGGAAAGGGACGAGAAGAUGUCGAAGCGAGUAGCCGAGCGGGCAGCCACAUCGAAGGAAGCCAGCCCUACGGACACUCGUGCCCCGAAAGCAAGCGCAUCCUCACCUGCAGCCGUCCGGCGACCGAGCACGGCAGCAGCAAGUGCUAUCUAUCCAACUCCUCCAGACGGGAUCCAGCCUCCGAAUGGAGCGACUCCGUCGUUUGACGGCGCCGUCUCGAGCCCUGGAAAUCCGUUAUCGGCCGCUCUGACCACUGAGACGGAUACACUGCCUUCGAACACGAUGGCCACGGCCGACGAGUUUGAUGUCGCCAUUGACUUUGAUGAUUCAAAAAGGCAACGGAGCGAUAACAACCUUCUGGGUGUUUCGGAUACUGUGUUUGGCGACAUGGCAGGUGAUAUGUUUGGCGACAACGACAUCACAGAAGCAGACUUCAACUUUUUCGACGAGCAGCCGGGUGAACUGGAUCAUGAAGCGCCAAUGAUCCGUACAGGUAGCGACAGCCGUACCCGCGAGGAUGCUCCAAGGCCAGGGGAGCCACCAUUGAAGCCGGCGGGCGACGCUGCCCCGGAGCCACACGAUGCCGUGUUUGCUAAGCCGGAACUGAAGCAUGCUAGAAGCUCGCACAUUGACGGUGCCACGCAGCGCGGUAGAGAUGGAGCACCGGGGCCACGAGGGGCCACGGGAGGCACGAAGCGUCAAGCCAGCCCCUUUGACCCCCAUACAGUAUUCAAGCGAGUGUGCGCAUCGUUGGAGGCUAGCGUACGGGGUUCCGACCGAUCCGUGCCUAACACAUCCAGGAUGAGAAUAUUCGAAAGAAUGAGCUUCGAUCCAACUCUGCCUAUGAUUAACAGGAAAUAUGAGCAAGGGGGACAGUUCGACUACAAGAAAAUUUCCAGCACGGAGAAACCCAAGCUGGAGCCGGGCACGCUCCCCGAAACGGACUAUCUGAAACGGCACGGAAGGCAGGGGCGACGAUGGAGAGAUGCCCGGUUGCAACCCAGCUCCCUGAUGAAAUGCGUGACGACGAUCGAGCCGCCAACCGGGCAGCCCAGCCAAGCAAAGGACGGCUCCCAAUCGGAUGACGACGACACCAGCGCUGGUUCGGUUCGAGACGAUUCGAGCUGUACAACCGAAGAACCAACAUCGCCGCUCAAGUCGAGCGUCAAAAUGGCGACAGUUGAGGACGAUGCUGUCUCGCAGGUGCCAGCACGAGAUAGCGACCAGCUCGAGGAGCCUGACCAGCAGCUGGCGAUGGAGCUUCCGAGGCUGACGAGGCCGCAGAAGCCAGAGAUGCCACUCUCUGUCCUCUUCUCCGACCCGGAGCCAGUACGGAUGGACCUUCCCCUCGCCGACGAAGAUAUGAUUCAAGUCGCACAGAUAUUGACAGAUCAGGCCGCCAUCGGCUCUCUCGAAAUCUGCAACGCACAUAACGACAUGGAUUCGGAUUCGCCUACGGCUACGGACCUCGGCUACGAAGCGAUCUCAGCAGGCAUGAGAAACGCCAUGGGCAUGUUUCAAGACAUGGUGCCAUCGCUGUUGAGGGGGGCUGACGCCGUCAGUCUCAAAGAUUUCUUGGAUAUUCUGGACGCCCCUCUCGUGGGGCAACCGGGUCGACUGCAGCCUCGGCAGAUUCCUGGGAGGGAUCCCAAUGCUGAGCCGCUGCGAGCGACCAACCUCUACCAGAUUCCGGGGCCCCAUCUCGAGGUUUGCCGAGCAGACUCGAAACUGUCCGUUUUGCCAACCGCCGUCACGUUCUGGGAAAGUUUGGGGCUUGGGCCGUCGUCGGGCGGAAAGGACGUCACAUCUGUCUGCGUAUUCCCAGGAUGGAGCGGCAUGGCCGAUAACGUCGAAACGUUUCUGGACCGCUUGAAAAGUGUGUACGAAACGUUGAAGCUCGGUUCGCUGCAGAAGAUGCCCUUGUCGACAGACAUGGAAGAUGGCGUGAUACCGUAUGAAGUGGACAAAAUAUCGACGUCGCCCGACGCCACCGUGACGGGACACGGUUCGUCCCUCGUUGACAGCAUGGAAAUUUUGCGGGGCGCCAUCAACAACUUGACGGUAACGGACACCAAUCUUGUCGUGUAUUUUGUUUACUCCCCAGGCAGCCCUUGGACGAUUGUCGAGGUCUGUGCGGCAUUCCAGCGAUUCUUCGACUCAUACCGGAAGUCCCUGGCGUCUCAGAAAACGGUUGCGGCGAACGAGCUGGUAUUGCAGCUCGUGUCAGCCGACGUCCUGUCGUCGUCGAGGUCCAAACUGGUGGUUACGCCUCCGACGGAGCUCGUCAAGCUCUGCAUGCAGACGUAUGACCGCUGUACCAGCUUUGGCGGUUCGAUGCCAGCGCCCGCCAUCAGGCUCGAGCCGUCCCUGCCCCGGGCUCUCGAUUUCAAACUGACGGUGUCACCGUCGGUGUCGCUGAUGCGGGAGAACUCGUGCAUACACGUGGCGUACGCGCUGAGCGUCGACGAGAGAUGGGUCACGGCCGCGUGGACGGAUGAUCGAGGGAACCAGCAAGAGACGGCAUCGUACUGCCUGGGACGAAGGGGCCGGCCGAAGUCUCGGUCCCUCAACAGAGUCGCGCGCGAGAUAUGGGAGUCGACGCUGGAUUUGAUUUCCGUCUGCAAGAUCCACUGGCGCAUCGUUAUCACCAAGUGCGGGCCGAUGGACCAACAGGAGAUUGAAGUUUGGUUGGAGCUGGCACGCAAAGAGACGUCUGCAUCCAUAGGGAUGAUGCUGAUGACGGUCGACACGAAGCCUUCGCUGCAGCUCAUCCCGCCGGCCGUCAAGCUGCCGCCUCCGCCCAGUCCGUUCUUGACAACGCCAGUGUCGACACCGUUGCCGACGCCGCAGCCCAACACGGCGUCUCCCGAGCAGAGCGGGACGCCAACGACGCCGACCCGAGAUGGCAGCGGCGCGGUCGGGACGCCCGGAGCGGAUGGCCAGGAUCUUGACGGGGACGCCGUGCUGUCGGAUGCGACGGAGCAGACGUGGGGCGCCGUCGUCGGCCACAGGCUCAACAACUCGGUCAGCGUCCUCGACUUGCACCCGGCGCUCGUAAGCGGCUACUUGAUCAAGCAAACGGGGACACGAAUCGAGGACGCGCCGGCGGUGAUGGAGGUCAACCUUGUACACACGGACGCCAGCCCCCGUGCGUACGAACCGCAUUUUCGGGAAAUGCUGCAUUCGUUUCGCGCCUUGGGCACCCUCGCACGAGCGAGGGGCACGGUCGACAGCGAGACCGAUGUUCGGCCCUGGCACGUUGCGGCUGCCGAGAAGGGGGUACGAGCCAUGUAUCUACUCAUGUAA